AGCCUGGGCUCAAGUCUUCGGAGGUCGAGCCAGGUUGCAGCCUGGUCGGCCCGCACUGGGCCGUGACUCACUCCGGCCGUUCUGCGGGCUGGAUCGCUGAGGAUACGCUAAUCCAUGGAGCCUGUCGCUUCUGCUUCGGAGUCCCAGUUCCACCUUCACCAGACUGGACCAGAGUCCCAGUUUUCUGCUUCUGAGUCCCCUGCUUCGAAGACGGACCGGACUCGGGCGGUUUUUGCGCUCAUCGGCGACCAGUUUGUGCUGGUUGCGGCAGAGGUAGCCGAUGGCCCCGCAGGCCCAGCGUGUUCUCCGCCAACGGCGAGCGAGGCAGAGGACCAGGACGAGAGCGCAGCGCCACCAGCAGCGCCGGCGAGGACGAGGCGGAUGGGCGAAGACCAGUCGGAGGGCGAGGACCAGGACAAGCACACACAAGCGGAGGACCAGGGCAAGGACGAGGCGGAGAGCAGCGUGGGCUCAUUCAAGCCGCACUCGAGGGCUCAGCGCCGCCGCCAGCAGCGCAAGCUGAGCUCCCUGGCCCCGAAGGUGUCCGCGAUGCCGUGGCCGGGCCGCCUGGUCCGCGGGGCGCGCCCGGGGUAGUCGGCCGGCGGCGGCGAGGAGUGAGCCGGCAGCCCAGCCUCGAAGCGACUUGACACAGCCUGGCCAUCCGAUGCCUCAGAGGCGCGGUCAGCGCCAGUCCGCCGCAUGUUGUAACAAAAUAUCGAGUCUGUUCGGGAUAUCGGAAUAUACAUUUUGUUAUGACGGUUCCCCCGGCUGUGUAUACGGCCGAUUAUUUGCAGUAGUCGCCACGGGUAGUGAGAGGACUGGGUUGUUCCACAGCGGCGCGGGCUCGAGCCGACUUGUCAUCGUUGCGAGCAGGAUUGAGGGGAGAUAAGCAUAGGCCUUUUGGACCGCCCCUCUUUGGCUCGGGGACGGAAGCCGCAACGCUGUCGAAACCACUUCUCUUUCAGUCUGAUCGUACUGUACCUUUUGUUAUAACUUCUAAAGACAUGGGGUGGCGUGCUGAAGGCAUCCGCUUCCGUGCACAGUUUCACAGAUUAUUCACGCACUGUGGCCGGCGCAAGCCUGCUGGACUGGAUUGCGUAUACAUAAUGUUCUCAAGUUGUUUUUCAUUACAUUAGUUGUUUGUGGACAGCCUCCGCCACAACCGACUCUGUUGAAUAAUCGCCAUCAGUAGUGAAAGGACUGGGUUGUUCCGCAGCGGCGCGAUCUCAAUGAGCUGACAGUCGUCAUUGCUGCGACCACGACGCAGGGAUCUCACUGCACCCUCCCAAUUCCGCUCCGAUACCGCCACUACAGCCACGUGCGCGCUUGGGCCAUGGGCGGCAUGCUGAAGGCAUCCGCUUUCGUGCACAUGUUUUCCCCCCCGGCUCACGCGCCGUGGCCAGCGCAAGGCUUGUCGAUUGGACUGUGUAUACCUAAUAUUAUCUGACACGCAAGUGUUUCCCCGACAGGACAGAGGCCCAAGGAUCAAGGAUCUCUUUUAAAGCCUGUCCCCGGUGCCAAUUUCGAAGAGGGUCGGCGGAUUCUCUUUUGAAAAAUAACCAUGUCGAAGAGGGCUGGCGGACUAAAAUUUGAG